AUCUUGAAACCCUGAAGAAGAAAGUACGAGUAGUGUCAGACCGUCAGACCCUUGAGAUCAACGUCACAUAGUUAGGGCCGUCAUUCGGCCGAAACUUGCUGCAACAUUGAAAACGUUUCGUAUGCCGACAGCUAAUUUAUGUACAUUCGAAAUUGGUGGACUCAAGCGGUUCGGUAUAGAAUUUUCAACUCCAAAACCUUCCAAUCGAUAAAAGUAUACCCGAAAACUUGCAAACGUUAUCACGCACAGGGUAUUUUACAAUUGGGGACAAUAAUAAAUGACGAUAUAGUGACUGUGAGUGUUCUGUUAAAAUUUUCCCGUGACGUUCAUCUUUAUCUAUAUAUAAAUACAUACUUACACACAAAAAACGAGCUUCCCAAGUUUUUUGUAGAAUUCAAUAGAGCUGGGAACUUGAGUAAUCUACUUCCAAGGUCAACAUUUUCGGUAGAGGCUUCGUAACUGACUAUUAGCAGAAAUGGCAAAAGAAGAUGUUGCACCACCUCCUUCCGAACGCUUCAAGCUUUUGCCAAAAAUUGUCAAUGGAGGAAUUGCUGGAAUUAUCGGAGUCUCUGUGGUAUUUCCACUAGAUUUAGUGAAGACGAGAUUACAAAAUCAAGUCAUAGGGCCCACCGGUGAAAAGAUGUACUCCUCAAUGUUUGAUUGUUUCAAGAAAACUUAUGCGGCAGAAGGAUAUUUUGGAAUGUACAAAGGAUCUGCGGUAAAUAUACUUCUGAUCACUCCAGAAAAGGCCAUCAAACUGACGGCGAAUGACAUGUUCAGGCAUUACUUGUCCACUGGGCCAGGACAACCGUUGCCACUUGGACGCGAAAUGCUUGCCGGUGGCUCCGCAGGAGCCUGCCAAAUCGUCAUCACAACUCCGAUGGAAUUGUUGAAGAUUCAGAUGCAAGAUGCUGGACGCGUUGCUGCUGCGGCGAAGUCUGCUGGAAAAACACUGCCUAAAGUAUCGGCCUGGUCUCUAACGAUGGAAUUGUUGAAGAAAAGAGGAAUUGUAGGACUUUAUCAGGGUACGGGUGCAACUGCACUCAGAGACGUCACAUUUUCCGUUAUCUAUUUUCCACUCUUCGCAAGAUUAAACGGUCUCGGCCCAAAACGCGAAGACGGUUCUUCCGUAUUUUGGUGCUCAUUCCUCGCGGGAUGUUGCGCCGGAUCAACUGCCGCUCUCACGGUCAAUCCAUUCGAUGUUAUCAAAACAAGACUUCAAGCGAUAAACAAAGCGCCUGGAGAGCCCACGUACAAUGGCGUGUUGGAUUGCAUUGGGAAAACAUUGAAGAACGAAGGACCAACGGCAUUUUUUAAGGGUGGAGCGUGCCGUAUGAUCGUUAUUGCGCCGCUAUUUGGAAUUGCUCAAACGGUGUAUUAUCUUGGAGUGGCUGAGAAUCUACUCGGCAUCAAAUAAAAAAAGUCUUGCAUUUUUAGUAAUAUUCAAGAAAGAAAAACGAACAACAAACCGACAAUAACUUUUCUUGAUUAUUGAGAUAACGAAAGAGACAAAGACAUGAGUUUUGCUUUGAGAUUAUUUUGGCAAUAAAAUAUUGUGCUUCUUUCGAAGAUUCGAUUGAUCGAUGGAGUCAUUGAUCAAUCGAUCUGAGACUAAUCAAGUAAUCCAUCAGACGUACACGAAUACGAUAAUAGUUCCAUACCCGCCGAAAAAUUUCCCAGAACAUAUUAUAUGUAAAUAGACAGUUGUAACGCGUCAAUUAUUGCUGAAAGGUGUUGAAUAAAUCCCUAGUCGUCACGAUGAA